UCCCCCUCUUUGCCAGCUCCCGAGCAAUUAAAUUAAAUAAUUCCCAAUGAUGGGCCACUACUGCUGCUUCCAACUCCUGGGUCUCCGGCCAUGUCCUUCGCCGUCCCUUCUCUCCCUUCGCUCUCCCCCCUCCCUCUCUGCAACCACCCGGCUCGCCCUUCCCGCUCUUCGCCCCGGCGCAGUGCUCUUCCUGCUGCUGCUGCUGCUGCUGCGAAUGCCGAGCGAGAGCGCGCGGAGAAUGGGAGGAGUCUGAUGAGGGCGCUCUACGAUGAUGGGUUCGGGAGCGCGAGCGUGAAGGACUACUUCGACGCGACGAGGGCGAUCAUGAAGGACGACGGCGGCCCUCCUCCGCGGUGGUUCUGCCCCGUCGAGUGCAAGCCGUCGGUCGAGGACCCGCCUCUGCUGCUCUUCUUGCCAGGGAGUGAUGGUGUGGGGACGGGGCUCAUUCUGCAUCACAGAUCGCUCGGGAAGGUUUUUCAGGUUAGAUGUUUGCAUAUCCCAGUAAAUGAUCGAACACCAUUUGAAGGGCUGGUCAAAAUUGUGGAACAAACUAUCAAGUAUGAGCAUGCUGUGUCUCCAAAAAGACCGAUAUAUAUUGUUGGGGAGUCAUUUGGGGGAUGCCUGGCGCUUGCUGUUGCUGCUCGCAAUCCUACUAUCGACUUGAUACUAAUUCUAGUCAAUCCAGGCAGCAACUUCAUUUCAGAAAAACAAAGUGCAACCUCUUCUCCCUGUUGUGGAGGCUUUACCAAGCAAUCUUCACUUUACAGUACCCUAUUUACUGAGCUUCGUAAUGGAUGUAUUAUGCAUAUCGAAUUAGGUAAUCCCUUGAAGAUGGCAAUGGUCAGUGUUGCAGAUGACCUUCCUCCUCAACAAACACUUGAGCAAUUGCAAUACAGUCUCCCUUCAUUGCUGCCUCUACUCUCGGAGUUAUCAAAUAUAAUACCAAAGAAUACUCUUCUAUGGAAACUCAAGCUUCUUAAAUCAGCAGCAGCUUACACCAAUUCUCGUCUACAUGCAGUUGAGGCUGAAGUUCUCCUGCUUGUCAGCGACAACGAUAACCUGCUACCAAGUGCAGAGGAGGCAGAUAGACUUUGGGCUUCACUGAAAAAUUGCAGAGUCCGCCACUUUAAGGACAAUGGCCACACUCUACUUUUGGAAGAUGGUAUCAAUCUAUUAUCUAUAAUAAAAGCGACUCGCAUUUACCGUCGUUCUAGGCAACAUGACUAUGUCACGGAUUUCCUUCCUCCCACAAUUAGUGAAUUCCAGAAAUCUUUUAAGCGUGAUAAUAGAUGGUAUGACCUUCUAGUAAAUCCAAUUAUGUUCUCCACUCUGAAAGAUGGAACGAUUGUGCGAGGACUUUCUGGGGUACCCAAUAAAGGUCCAGUUUUGCUCGUGGGUAAUCACAUGCUAAUGGGAAUGGAACUCAAUUCGCUUUACGAAGGGUUUGUAAGAGAGAAGAAGGCAGUACUUCGUGGAAUGGCGCACCCAGUCUUGUUCGCGACCAAGUAUGAGACUUCGAGCCAAGAGAUGACUCGCUUUGAUGAGAUGUCUAUCUACGGUGCAUUGCCUGUAACUCCAAUUAAUAUGUAUAGGCUGUUUGCUAGAGAAGAGUUUGUUCUUCUUUAUCCGGGAGGUGCUCGUGAAGCUUUACAUAGGAAGGGUGAAGAAUACAAGUUGUUUUGGCCAGACCGGCCUGAAUUUGUAAGAAUGGCAGCAAAGUUUGGUGUUACUAUCAUACCAUUUGGAGUUGUUGGAGAAGACGACGUGGCACAGUUGGUUCUGGACUACAAUGAUCUGAAGGAUUUACCAUUAGUCAGAGAAUGGAUAGAAGAAAUGAAUCAAGAUGCCGUGAGAUUAAGGGCUGAUAUCAAUGGAGAGAUAUCGAAUCAAGAGAUCUAUAUUCCCGGGCUUCUACCGAAGUUACCGGGCCGGUUCUAUUUCCUUUUCGGGAAACCAAUUGAGACGAAAGGAAUGGACAUUCUGAAAGACAGAAGGAAUGCAAAUUUGGUUUACUUGAAUGUCAAAUCUGAAAUCGAGAGCAUAAUUUCUUAUUUGAGGAGGAAGAGAGAGGAAGAUUCCUACCGGAGUUUAACACAGCGGCUUCUCUACCAGGCAACUUGGGGUUUCUCAACUCAAGUCCCCUCCUUCGAACCAUGAUUCAUCGCAGUUUUACUGCAAAUUUCCACAUAAAUUGAAGAAAUUCGACGUCGCCGAUUGAAAAAGGUUUUUUUGGGACUCAGAACUUUGAUUAGCCAAAGAUCUUCCCUACAAGAUUGAGGUGAGUAGAGAUUUUGAAGUCUUAAUUGUUCAGAAAAGUUUACAAAAAUAAACCAAAACCAUUCUGGAUUGCCUCAUUACUGGAUUGAGUUCGUUUUCAACCGCGCACACGCAAAAAACCAAAAACAAAAAACAAAAAAGAAAAGAAAAGGAGAAGCAGCAUUCACUUUUGUAGAACAGAAAGAGAGAUGAAAAGAUAUGUAUUUAACCCUUAAAUUUAUUGUAUCACGCAUGCAUGAUGUCAUUUGUAAACUGUAUUUCAGUUCGACAAUAUGAAAAUCGAUGGAAAGUGUAUAAUAUGUUCAUGUUUUUAUCCACCAAAUUGGUUUA